AAGCAAACAGUUACUUGUGUGUUCAUGGGAAUGUUGACAGACACCAGAGUGAGGGGUAAUACUGUGUGUCUCCCUGCAGCUUCAACAUGGUGCAGCGCCUGACUUACCGCCGUAGGUUGUCCUACAACACCGCCUCCAACAGGACCAGACUGUCCCGGACCCCUGGCAACCGGAUCGUGUACCUGUACACCAAGAAGGUCGGCAAAGCCCCCAAGUCUGCAUGCGGCAUCUGCCCAGGAAGACUGCGGGGAAUCCGCGCCGUCAGACCUCAGGUUCUGAUGAGGCUCUCCAAGACCAAGAAGCACGUCAGCAGAGCCUACGGAGGAUCCAUGUGCGCCAAGUGUGUGCGUGACAGGAUCAAGCGUGCAUUCUUGAUUGAGGAGCAGAAGAUCGUGGUCAAGGUGCUCAAAGCACAGGCACAGAGUCAGAAGUUGAAGUAAAAUCUGUAUUUGUAUUGGCAG